GCCGCCGGGCGCGCCAUGAAGCCGGCGCGGCUGCUGCUGCUGCUGAGCGGGUGCGCGCUGCUGCUGGCGCCGGCCGUGCGCGGCUGCGGGCCGGGCAGGGUGGUGGGCAGCCGCCGCCGCCCGCCCCGCAAGCUCAUCCCGCUCGCCUACAAGCAGUUCAGCCCUAACGUCCCCGAGAAGACGCUGGGGGCCAGCGGCCGCUACGAGGGCAAGAUAGCGCGUAACUCGGAGCGCUUCAAGGAGCUCACGCCCAACUACAACCCCGACAUCAUCUUCAAGGACGAGGAGAACACCGGCGCCGACCGGCUCAUGACCCAGCGCUGCAAGGACCGCUUGAAUUCCCUGGCCAUCUCCGUUAUGAAUCAGUGGCCAGGGGUGAAGCUGAGGGUGACAGAGGGCUGGGACGAGGAUGGGCACCACUCAGAGGAGUCACUGCAUUACGAGGGCCGAGCCGUGGACAUCACGACAUCGGAUCGGGACCGCAACAAGUACGGCAUGCUGGCUCGCCUGGCCGUGGAGGCUGGCUUCGAUUGGGUCUACUAUGAGUCCAAAGCGCACAUCCACUGCUCCGUCAAGUCAGAGCACUCAGCCGCUGCGAAGACGGGGGGCUGCUUCCCUGGGCGGGCACUGGCGACGCUAGAGGAUGGUGCCCAGACUCCACUGUGGGCACUGCGCCCAGGCCAGCGGGUGCUGGCAAUGGACGGGACCGGCAGGCCCACAUACAGCGACUUCCUGGCUUUCCUGGACAAGGACCCCCAUACCCUCACCUCCUUCCAUGUCAUCGAGACGCGGGAGCCACCCCGACGCCUGGUCCUGACACCCACCCACCUGCUCUUUGUGGCCGAGAAUGCCUCGGCGCCUGCCACCCACUUCCGUCCCACCUUUGCCAGCCGUGUGCACCCUGGACAUUUUGUGCUAGUGGCAGUGGUGGGGGGCGGCUUGCAGCCUGCUGAGGUGGUAGAGGUGUGGGACCGGAGGGACGUGGGAGCCUAUGCCCCGCUGACACGCCAUGGGACGCUGGUGGUGGAUGGCGUGGUGGCCUCGUGCUUUGCCCUAGUGCAGGAGCAACAUCUGGCGCAGCUGGCCUUCUGGCCACUCCGGCUCUACCAUAGCCUAGUGGGGUGGCCAGGGGUGCAGGGGGACGGUGUGCACUGGUACUCGGGGCUGCUUUACCGCUUGGGCAGACUGCUUCUGCCCCCUGACAGCUUCCACCCACUGGGGGUACCCCAGAUGGAGAGCUGAGGGUGCACCCCAGCUGCAGCCAGUGCUGCUGGUGGAGGUGGUGGCUGCGGGGCGGCUCACCAGGGGCCAGCACCCCCUCCCAAACCUGGGUGCCCAUGGGGACCUGCCUCCAGCCCUGCCUGCUCGAGGCACAGCCACCUCCUGGUUGGGGGGCACUGGGGUUCCCCGGUGUGCCUCCUCCAUGCCCACCGCCCCCUCCUCACCCUCUGUUCCUGGGGGCAGGGAGGAGGCACGAAGGGUUCCCCCAUGGACAUGGGGGUGCCCCCGGCUGGAUCCACAUGCUGCUAUUUGUGUGUGUGUGUGUAAUGUGCGUGUGCGUGUGCAGAAUCAGCUAAUGACAGAGGUCUGAUAGAUAAAGGGGAGCGGGAAGGGAGCCCCUAGCUGCAGGCUGCUCCCGCGGGGCUCCCAGUCUGCCUGCACCCAAGCAGGACCCUUUGCUGGGCAGCCUGGGUGGAAGGGUAGGCAAUGCCAUUACCAUCCCAAGGACGUGGCAACUGGGAGGAGGGUGACCCAGGUACUGGGACUGUGCCUUGCCCUUAGCCCUGACUGUGGGUGCAGGAGGCACCCAAAACCAGCCCCUGUAUGCUUGGGGUGCCCAAGCAGUGGCAGGGCUGGAGGGGCUUACAUGGCUCUGGCACGAGACCCCUGGCUUGAUGACAUGAGUGCUGCUGGAGCAAGAGACUGGGGAGCGGGACCCCAAGCUCUGUCCAAAGCCAGCACCAUAGCCACCUGGCCAGGCAUGCCCAUGGGGACACUGUGAUGGCAUGGGGGGCUAUGGAGGCGGGCAUGCAGGCAGGAGGAUGUGAGUGCCAGCCAAGCAUGGGCAUACACUGGUGGGAGCAAGGGUGGGGAGGGCCAGGGCUGCAGCUCCAGCCUGCCAGAGCCAGGGGAAGGAAAGCUGCUGGGUAGAAAGUGUUCCCUCCCUUGCCUUCCCAACGUCCUGCCCUGAGCUGGCUCAUCCCAAAGACAUGCCUUUCCCACCCCAAAGCUAAAACGUUCCCCAAGCUCCAGACCCUCCCUGGCCUGACCUCCCAGACCCCCCCAGCACCGCAAACCCUCAGGGUAACUCAUUGCUGCUCAUCUGCUCCCGGGACCUGGGGGGAGUCCCAUCAGAGCUGCAGCCACAGUCGUCCCCCCCAGAAUCCUAGCUAGACCCUCAGCCUCCCCUGGCUCCAUGUUAGCAGAGGUGAGGGCAUUGUGGGGGGAGUGUGACCCAUGUCCCUCCUGCAGCAUCACGCAUCUUUAUUUAUUUAUCUGCUCUUUGUAUGUACCAUAGAUGGGAGGCAGCGUGGGCACGUACAGGGUAAGACGGGAGUGGGUGGGGGGAAAGCUGUUUUGGGGGGGGUGAUAUUUUUUUUUUAAACAAAAGCAGAAAUUAUUUAAAGAUUAUUUUAAAGCACAGUUUUUAUGGUGAUUGUUGUCCAGGGCGAAGUGAGAGUGUGAGCACAGCCAAUGGCAGAUAUAUUUUUGUCUUCACUGGAUGUACUUUUCCUGGUUGGAGACACAGCCCAAUAAAUCCAUCGUCUCCUA